AUUGGGGGCAGCAUUGAGCGCGUUGGGUCAAGCAUUUUCGAAAACAUUGAAACAAAACCCAGAAGACGAAGCAAGCAAAGCCAUCAAUGCAGCUCUUGGAGACACUGGCAGAAUUUUAACGGAUUUACAUUAUAAAUUAUCCACAACCAGACGCUCCUUUAUCUUACCUGGCCUAAAUUUGCUAUCAAAAAACGUUGCAACAGAGGGUCCAGUUGACACGCUACUAUUUGGCGAAUCGUUUACUGAACGAGUCAAGACAGCGUCAACGUUAGAGAAGGCAGGCAAAGAUAUGCUAAGAUCGGCUUCAGGAAGCACAAAAUCCGUAGCUCCGAAAGCAGCGUCGGGGUAUACUCAGAAGCAAUAUUUAAACUCAAAACCCCCUGUCAGGAAGUACAACCAGAAGAAGAGUUACCAGACAGGGGGCAAUUUGCCUCGGAACAAAGUAAGUUACCAUCGGGACAGCAAACACCGCAGCAAUCACCGGCGCUAGAUAAGAGAAUUUCACCCAGCAUGGAAAUCACUUACCUUGAUUGCAGGCAAAUUAUCAGGGAAGCAUUUAUUAAGAAAAGAGCACCGAAUGAAUCGUUGCAAUUCAUUUUAGCAUCGUUAUCCGAAAAUACACUAAAGCAGUACAACAAGCCGAUUAUUUCUUGGUACUCCUUUUGUAAGACAAGGCACAUCUCACCCUUUGAACCUACGGUGGCGGCAGUAUUAGAGUUUUUAUUACCAUUGGCAGCGGGAAAAAGUCAGUAUGGGACUCUUAACACCUAUAGGUCGGCGAUAUCGUUAUUGUCAACGUGGGAUAUUGGGAGAGAUCCAACCAUCAGAAGAUUUUGCAGGGGAGUGUCCGUAAUAAAACCACAACGCCCCAAAUACGAUCAGACAUGGGAUCCAAGUAUAGUUUUAGAAUUUUACUCAAGUCGGGAAGAGAACAGCGAAUUAAAAUUGGAUGACUUGUCUAAAAAACUCGCAUUGCUCUUAUUGUUGGCUACUGCCCAAAGAGUGCAGACCUUGUCGAAAAUAAAAACGGCUAAUAUAACUUUCCAAGAUAAUUUAGCAGUUAUAAAAAUACCUGAUAGAAUUAAAACUACGGCGGUGGGUAACACACAACCUAAUUUAAUAAUUCCGACGUUUAUUGAAAAUAACAAAAUAUGCCCAGUUAAAACUCUUCAAGUUUACUUGAAUAAGACAAGAGAGUUGAGAAGUCACACAAACGAAAAUCAUUUUAUAACGUUUAGGAAGCCUUACAGGGUAGCUACGUCCCAAACGAUUAGUAGGUGGGUGAAGCAAGCAAUGAUGGAGAGUGGUCUUGAUUUAAAGCAGUUUUCAGCGCACAGCACGCGUCAUGCAUCAACAUCGGCGGCGUUUAGGAAGGGCAUCGAUGUGGAAACUAUUCGCAAGACGGCAGGAUGGGCAAAGAAGUCGGAAACAUUCGCUCGAUUUUAUAAUCGACCAAUAACUAAUGAAACAGGUUUUGCAAAGUCUGUUAUUAGAAUUGAGACUAAUAAAAAUACUUAAAUAAAGUGUAGGUCUUUUAAAGAUCUUAAAGCGAAGGACAAAUCUCAUGUUUUUGUAAAUAACUACAAGUUAUAAUUGAUCUCGAGGACGAGACAGCGUAGUAUAAUUAUACGA